GUUUCGGCCGGUGGCCUUUGUCAGUAGAGGUAGAGUUUACAUUGACGGUCUGAGGAAUACCAUACUCAUCAUUAAACUAUUAGAUGUGUCUUGAAGAACAUCAGCAACUUUACUAACAUAGAUAAUUUCGCAGCUACCAAACUGAGCUUGUCCUUUCAACACACCGUUGUUUACAAGACUAUUAAGUUUAAUUAACCUUGAUUGACUGAAAUUUGAUAGCAAUAGACGUAAACAACACACACGAACGACACAAAUGACUUGCGCAAAACAACCUGCGCGCAAAUAGAAUGGCUUCGCGAAGUGAGAAACUUCCGCUUGUCGAAGCGGAGACAGCGUACAUCAAAACAACAAAAGCGAGACUUGAGAAAAAGCAGUCAUCGUUUGUAAUUUUUGUCUUUGUGAUUUUGAUCGUGGUGGUUGCCACAGGUUGCGCAUAUUUGUCAUGGAAGUUGCAAAACACAAAAUACAACAACAACAAACCUUCAUUUAAUCCACCACCUCGUGCUGACCUUGCAAAGACAGCUCGUUACAUUGCACAUUACAUGGACUGGUGUGUAAUGUCAACAAUUUCUAUCCAGUACCAUGGCAUUCCUUUUGGAGUUCCAAUCUCCAUUUCAGAUGGUCCAGUUAAUAACAGUACAGGCGUGCCAUAUAUUUAUAUAGCGCCUGCAGCCCCAUCAGCCAGUGAUCUCAAAAAGAAUGGAUCAUCAUCAUUUACUUUUUCUGAAGCAAUGAGUGAUUAUUGUUCAAGAAAUUCUUAUGACCCAGAAGAUCCGAGAUGCGCACGAUUGGUUUUACUUGGCAAGGUUGUGAAACUUACAGCAGAUGAAAUCCCAUUUGCAAAAGAAGCGUUGUUCUCUAGACAUCCAGUCAUGAAAUAUUGGCCACCCUCUCAUAAGUUCUUUUUUGCAAAACUUGUAAUAAGUAACAUCCAUGUCCUUGACACAUUUGGGCCUGCUCAUGAGGUGUCACUCAAGGAUUAUUUUGGUGCUAAAAUAUAGAUGUCCAUGACAGUUGGAUCUAUUGAAGUUUACCAAAAAUAUGGGGGAGGGGGAAUGAAAUAAUAACAUUAUUAUAGAUUUAUAAGAGGUAUUUUUAUAGAUUGGUUUUUGUGACAAUACAUUCAUAAUAAUGAAUUACAUUAUUUUAUUUCAAUUUUUAUUUUAAUCAGUGCUGUUUAUGAGCCUAUAAGGAUUAUUUUAAAAUGUCAUUUGUAGAGGAGGAUGAAAUAACAUUAUAGAUUUAUAAGCCAUAAAUAUAUUUAUUGUGACAAUACAUACGUAGUAAUAAAUUAAUUUAUU